AUGCUGUUUUCACUAUUCCAAGAAAUUGGGUUCAAUGAGAGAGUAAUUGAAGCAUUACUGGAUACCCAUGCUGCUCCCAGUGCAAGCAGGAAGAGGAAAUUGCAUCCCAGAAUCGAUUUUCUUAUGCAGUGUGGGUUGAAUUCACAGGACAUAUGUAAGUUCUUGACCAAGGCACCAUUGUUCUCAAGUCUUUCAUUUGAGGAGAAUCUAGCAUGCAAGCUGGUUUUCUUAGUGAAGUAUGGAUAUGAGAAUAGGACAAGGGAAUUGGCUAUGGCAAUGGGAGCUGUUACUCGUACCAGCUAUAUCUUAGAGAUGAGCAAGAAGCACCCUCAGGUUCUGCAGUACAACCAUGUUUCUUUGGAGGAGAAGAUGGAUUACUUGAUUGAGGAAAUGGGUCGUGAAGUCAGAGAGUUGUUGUCUUUUCCUGCAUUUCUUGGUUACAAGCUUGAUGCAAGGUUCUCGAUGAAAAGCAAGAAGCAGCAUGCUGUGAACGUGAUUGACAGCCAUAGCGAAGAAGUUGAAUGA